UUCAAGAAGAUUGUGAAGAUGUGGAGUGGUCCUUGCGUUGCAGCCGGGUUGCUGUUGUUAUUCGGUGUGAAUAUUGUCUUUCUGCUCCCAGAAUCCAACUAUUGUCAUAUAAAAAACUGCCCAGCGGAUAAAAAACUGCCACAUAUUGGCUGCAAUAGCAGUGGGAGCUGGUCGCCAAAGUGCGGAAAAGAGCCAAAAAUCAUCGACGUACCCAAUCAUAUACAAAAGUUCAUUCUACACUAUCACAACACAUAUCGCGAUAUUGUUGCCGGCGGCCAAUUGCACAGGCUACCCAUUGCAGCUCGUAUGCUUAAGUUGAAGUGGGACCACGAUUUGGCUUUUUUGGCUUCAAUCUUGGUAAAGCGUUGCGAUCUCCAACCCACAGACCACUGCAUAUCCACGGAAGAGUUCUCGUCUCCAAGCUACCAUGUGGUAUAUAACAAGUUCAAGGCAAAGCAGGAUACAUUCAGGAUUGUUCGAUCGCAGCUGAAUGCGUGGUAUGAUCAGUACAAGAAGGUUUCUGCAUCCAGUCUAUUUGGUGGAUUUUCCACUGAUAAGAAGGAGAUUGGGCACUUUCUAAGGAUGAUCGUGGGCCCCAGUAACCGAUUGGGCUGCGCCAUAGCUAGUACCGAAAAAGACGGAUGGACCCAUCAAUGGCUAGGCUGUCUGUACAGCUGUUCACCCCAGAAGAACUCGCUUCUAUACGAGUAUUCCGGAAAACCGGGAGAAUAUUGCACCACUGGGAUUAAUGGCAUAUUCCAAAAUCUAUGCAAUGACACUGAACCUGUGAAAGACUGCUUGCACUCUGAACUAUUCAAAACAAUAAUCACCAAUGACACUACAUCAUUGAUCAGGGGCAUGUUGAAUAGACAAACUCAAGCCAGAGUACCAUGGCUCAUUAUCCCCGCUCUUAUUGUUACAUUUGUUCUUUUAUCAUAGAUCGCUGAGUGUCUUAGAUUUUCCACCGACACUUCGUUUGGGGGAUUUUGUCUCUUCUUUUCCGCUUGAAUCGGAGAAAAUUUCGAUGGUCUUAAAGUUGCUCAUGCUUCCCAAUUGUUGUCUUCAAGCUAAUAAAACUACUAUGACUUUAAUCAACCAUUUAA